CUCGUUCUUGCCCAUACAAUAACCGGCUUGACAAAACAAACGCUCUAAUGUCCACCAAAGAAGCGCUCUCAGUGCUAGCAGAGACCCUCCAUGCGCACAUGUUGGAGGAGGACAGCCGCUUUUUCAAGCUGGAGGAGCUCCAGACGGCGAUGGCACUUGACUCCAGCAGGUUGUUACCGGUUCUCCAGGAGUUGAUGAACAAAAAUUUGAUCAAGCCCGGCAAAAGUGAUGGCCAGAUCUCCUUCCAGGCAGUCAGUUUGGUGGAGGCGGAAAAGGUCGGAGGGAUGACAAAGGACGAGGCGAUGAUCUACUCGCACAUCCAGGGUUCGGGCAGAGAGGGGAUCUGGACCAAGGCCAUCAAGGCCAAAACUAACUUGCACCAACACAUUGUCUUGCGGUGCUUGAAGGCGUUGGAGAACCAGCGCUACAUCAAGGCCAUCAAGUCGGUCAAACACCCUACGCGAAAGAUCUACAUGUUGUACAACUUACAGCCGUCGGUGGAGGUCACCGGGGGCCCGUGGUUUACGGAUUCUGAGCUCGACACCGAGUUCAUCGAUUCCUUGAUGUCCAUUGUGUGGAGAUUUGUGGCUUCCAAAACCUUCCCCAACGCCUUCCCUACCGAACACAAACCAGAGUACAACCACACCCAGAGCUCCUAUCCCGCUCAUUACAACGGCUUCCCCAACGUGUCAGAAAUUUUGGAUUUCAUUAUCAGCUCCCAGAUCACCAAUGUGGAGUUGACCACCACUGACAUCCGAUCCCUCUGCAAUGUGCUUGUCUAUGACGACAAGUUAGAGAAGGUAUCUCAUCGUGUGGACCAGUACAAGGCCACCUGGCACAGCAUCUUGGCCGCCGGUGGCGGAUUACCGGUUGGAACAGACCCCUACGCUGUCCAGGAGGUACCCUUCAGCAUUUUCAACCUCCAUGCUGUUGUUCCUAGCAACGCUGAGAGCGAGAUUGAGGGCGUCUACUUGGACUCGUGGAUGGAGACUUAAAACGGAGAGAGACCAAGAGGUGUGUAUAUGUAUAAUAGUGAGUUACUCAAGAGUUAGGGUAUGAAAUGGUGUUUUAGUAGAUGAUUUAAUGUAUGGUUUAAACCGAG